CGCACCGCCGCUCCGGGUGACGACGCCGGGGAGCCCCUGAGGGGACGCCCGGGAGGCGGGGACUCCCUCCGCGCGGGCGGCCACAGGUGGGCGAGGCCGACGGCCGGCAGCUCGCUGAGGAGGCUCCCGGCGACGACGGCAGCGGCGGCGGCGGCGGAGACAGACCCCCUGAGAGGGACGCCGGCGAGGCGGGGACUCGCCCCGCGCGGGGGCGCUGCCACCUGCCCGGAGGAGGAGCCCCAGCGGAACCUGGGUGUAUGUUUUAUUUAUUUUGAUUAUUAUUAUUAUUUUGCGGCUCCGGCAGUCCCGGGGAGUCGGGAGGACGCGCCCGGAUCAUGAAGAGCCUCAAAGGCAUCGAGAACCCGGCUUUCGUCGCCUCCAGCCCAGACACCCCGCGCCGCGUCUGUGCGUCGUCGCCUUCCAUCGAGAUCUCCGUCCUGCCCACCCCGGCCGCGGGCUCGCCGCCGCCGCCCGCGCCUCAGGAGCCCCCGGAGCGCCCCGAGCCGCCUCAGCCCUCGGGGGUUCCCGGCGCCUCUGGGCCCGGCUCGCUGUCCGAGUAUGAGGAGGGGCCCUGCGGCUGGGGCAGCUUCCAACCCCGGGCUCUCCAGCGCUGCAACACGCCCCGGGGCUUUCUGUUUCACUACUGCCUCCUGGCCCUCACGCAAGGUAUUGUGGUGAAUGGCCUAGUAAAUAUUAGCAUUUCCACUAUCGAGAAGCGCUAUGAAUUGCAGAGUUCCCUGACCGGCUUGAUAUCAUCAAGUUAUGACAUUGCCUUCUGUUUGCUGUCUUUAUUUGUAUCAUUCAUUGGUGAAAGAGGACACAAACCAAGAUGGCUUGCGUUUGCAUCCUUUAUGAUAGGGCUGGGAGCGCUUGUGUUUUCACUGCCCAAAUUUUUUAGUGGAAAAUACCAGUUUGGGUCCCUUUUUGAAGAUACUUGCUCAACAGCAAAGAAUAAACGCAGCUGUAGCACUUCAAGUUCUCCGCUUUUCUACUACUUGUAUGUCUUUAUUUUGGGACAACUGUUGCUGGGAACAGGGGGAACUCCUCUGUAUACCUUGGGAACAGCCUUUAUUGAUGACUCUGUGCCCAUCCACAAAUCUUCUCUCUAUAUAGGAAUUGGCUAUGCCAUGUCAAUUUUAGGCCCUGCUGUUGGCUAUGUGCUGGGAGGACAAUUGCUAACCCUGUACAUUGAUGUUGAUUUGAAACACAGCAUUGAUAUCACUGAGGAUGACCCUCGAUGGCUGGGGGCAUGGUGGAUUGGAUUUCUUAUAUCUUGGCUGCUUGCUUGGUCUUUGAUAAUACCUUUCUCCUGCUUUCCAAAACAUUUACCAGGUACAGCAAAAAUUCAAGAAGGAAAAGUUUCCCAAACUCAUCAGAGUGAUUCAUUUCAAGCUACAGAUGGUAAUUUUGGACAAAGUUUUAAAGAUUUUCCAGCUGCUCUAAAGAAUUUGAUGAGGAAUACUGUCUUUAUGUGUUUAGUUCUAUCAACUUGUUCAGAAGCCUUAAUUACUACUGGAUUUGCUACCUUUUUACCUAAAUUUAUAGAAAAUCAGUUUGGAAUGUCUUCUAGCUCAGCAGCUACUCUUGCAGGGACUGUUUUAAUUCCUGGAGCUGCUCUUGGUCAGAUUUUAGGUGGUAUUCUUGUUUCGAAAUUCAAAAUGACGUGUAAAAACAUAAUGAAGUUUGCUUUGCUCACAUCUGUAAUUUCACUUGUACUGACUUUUGUGUUUGCUUAUGCCAACUGUGAAAAUGAGCCAUUUGCGGGUGUGUCUGAAUCAUAUAAUGGGACAGGAGAACUGGGGAACUUGACCGCUCCUUGUAAUGCUGACUGUAACUGCCUGCGAUCUUACUAUUAUCCCGUCUGUGGAGGAAAUGGAGUCCAGUAUUUUUCUCCCUGCUAUGCGGGUUGUACGCAAUCUGUUUCCAAAAGACAGCCGAAGGUAUAUUAUAACUGUUCAUGUAUUGAAGGGGAAAUUGAUAUAACACCUACUCCAUCAAGUGUUAGUCUUGAAGCUCAAGCUGGAAAGUGUUCAAGUCAAUGUAAAAACUUGCCCCCAUUCCUUGGCAUUUUCUUUGCUGCAAUAGUUUUUACCUUCAUGGCUGGUACUCCUAUAACUGUGUCCAUCCUAAGGUGUGUUAAUCAAAGGCAGCGAUCUCUAGCAUUGGGAAUACAGUGUACAUUGCUUCGAUUAUUAGGCACCAUACCUGGACCUAUUAUAUUUGGCAGCACAAUAGACAGCACGUGUAUUCUCUGGGAUAUUAAUGAAUGUGGAAGUAAAGGAGCUUGCUGGAUUUAUAAUAACGUCAGGAUGGCAUAUAUGCUAGUGGCCAUAAGUGUUAUUUGUAAAGUUAUCACUGUUUUCUUCAAUGGACUUGCAGUCUUUUUGUAUAAACCGCCACCAUCAGUCAAAGAUGUGGCAUUUCAAACUCAGAAUUCAGUUUUGACUACGGUUUCAUUAGAAUGUGAUCUCAGCAAAGCAGGGAAUGACGGAUGAGACAGCAAAAGAGAAGAUUGAAAAUCAGCCUGCAUUUGUAAGAAUGCAUGUUAUCAUUGCAGCAUUAACUAUCCAAUAUGGACAAUCAUAGUUUAGAAAUUGGUUUUUUAUAAUUAAAUGUGUUUCCUGUGUAUGUGUGAACUCUGAAUUUGUUUUUGUUUUAAUAUAAGAAACAGACCUGUGCCUUCAAAGCACAUCAAAACCCUCAAAACACACACGCACACACACACACACACACACACACACACACACACACACACACACACACACACAUAGAUGAAAUCCUCAGCUAAUAAACAAUACUAGAAAGAAAAAGCCAAUGUUUAGUUAACAGUUUAUAUUUUAAAACCAAAGUGAUGUUUCUAUCCCUCUUACAACUUGUUUUAUUUUAAUUAUCAUUGUCAAAAGUUUGGCCUUUUUAAGAAAAUUCAUGGUGUAAAAAUUUAAAUAUAUCUGGUCUAAGUUCUAAGUUUCAAGAACUAUUAUUGGAAGAACAUGAAUUUAAAACCAUCUAAAUAAUAUUAUUUGUUUUUAAAUUUAUAUGUACUAGUCUGUCCUUGAUUUAUUAUAGACAGUUAGUGAACUGUUAGAAUGUUGGUUAAUUAUCUUUUUUGUGUCCCAGUACAUAGUGCAUUCAGAAAUAUUGGCAUUCUAUACACAUAACUUCACUUUAACUCAAGAAUUCCAGGAAGUGAUUUGUUGAUAUUGCUGAUUUUUAACAUUUUUAUAAUUCUGUGAUAGUAUUAUUCAGUUCCAUGUCUUCCAGAGGAUGGUCCCAGCUUCAGUAAAGUGCCAAUUAGAUAGGAAAAUAUUUCUUUUAAAAAAAUGGCUUAUGUCCAUUUUAUUGAUUUUCUUUAAAAAGCUUUCUUCAUGAACUAUGAUCAGUGUUUAUAUACUCAGUAGCUCAACUUUUCUCGUUUGAAAAACAGAUCACCUAAUAUAUUACUUAUAGCACAUAAGCAGUGCUUUGCUUAUAGUAGGCAUGUAUUAUUGUUUGGUUAAAACAUUAAACUCUACUUUUAACUAAUCUGUUUAUUUAAAGAUUAAGUAUUUCACAUAUAUAGCAUUAUAAUUCCAUUUUUUCAGCUCAGACUUCAGCUAACUUUGUGUACUCAGAAUUGUGGAGGAAAUACAUUGGUAAACAUCAAUAAAAGUAACUUCUACCUGGUCAAGAACUUUACUGAUUAAGAAAACAGGUAGCUGUUUACAAUCAGCGUUAUUGAGUAACAAAAUGGGUAAAGGCCUGAUUGGAGACCAGGAUCAGAAGCACUAGUAAUUCACAGAGUUUUGAAGAAUUAUAUUUUGUAGUAAUUGGUGGCCAGAGGCGAUUCAAGAAUUGAGUAGCAUUUAUAGAUUGAGAUGCAAGAAGGAAUGAAUUUGAAGUGAGGCAAGCAAGCACAUGUGAAUAUUAGGGAAUUGGAGGAGCAGUGGGUCACUCGUCAGAGAGACAGAUCUACUUAAACUAGGAACACGUAAGCACCAAAGGCUGAAGCCAGAGUGGGUGGCCAAAACCCAGGUGCUUGAGAAACAGGAAAUGUGUAACAACCAAAGAGACAGUGCAAGGUAGACAGGGGAACAAACACGUGGUACUCCCAACUCAGAAGCAGCCUCCCUCCUACCCAGCCAGACGCAUUUUAGCUUACUGUUUAUUUUUAGUUCGGCUGCAUGGGUCUCCGUGGCUGCUCAGGCGUUUCCCUGGUUGCUGGGGGCAGGGACCGCUCUGCAGUGGCAGUACUCAGGCUUCUCAUUGGGGUGGCUUCUCUUCUUGCAGAGCAUAGCCUCCUGGAUGCACUGAAAUACUGCAGACCCGGGCUCUAGAGCAGAGGCUCAACAGUGGUGGUAGACGGGCUUAGUUGCUCCGUGGCACGUAGGGUCUUC